AUGGCUGCAUAUAAGGAAGACCGCCGCCACAACCAUGGAAGCUUUGUUGACAUCAUAAUGUUGGAGAAACCAGCUCUAGCCAUGGGUCGGGUCAUCCUCUCUGUCAACGCCGGCAGCUCGUCUGUCAAGGUGAACGUCUACCAUCUCAAGAACCCGCCGGUCGAAGUUGCAGCAGCCAGUGUGAGCGGCCUGACAGCGCCGCCGAGCGUCUUCAAGUACGAACAUGGCUCAAAUCACCAGAAGCACGAGACCGAGGAGGAGAUCAAGAGCCCACAGGAUGCGUUCAAGUACAUUCUCAAGAGACUCUUGCAUGACCAGGAGCUGCAGGUCGUCAGCAGCAACUCCGACUAUGCCUACGUUUGCCACAGAGUAGUCCACGGAGGAGACCUAGAAGAGGAGGUUGUCAUACAUGAAAAGACGUUCAAUUAUCUCGAGACGCUGCAAGACCUGGCGCCGCUACACAAUACAUCUGCGCUGGAAAUCAUCAGGACAUGUCUGCAGGAGGUUCCGUCUGCAAAGUCAGUGGCAUAUUUUGAUACCACAUUUCACCAAUGUCUGCCGGAUUAUAUCAAGACAUACCCUAUAGAUCCGGAGGUGGCUAAGUCGAAGAUGCUGAGGAAAUACGGCUUCCAUGGAAUCAGCUUCUCCUUCAUCUUGCGGUCUGUAUCAGAGUUUCUGCACAAACCGGCCUCGGAAACGAGUCUAAUCGCACUUCAUCUUGGAAGCGGUGCUUCCAUCUGUGCUAUACAGGACGGGAAAUCCAUAGAGACUACGAUGGGCCUCACUCCGCUCUCCGGCCUUCCCGGCGCCACAAGGAGCGGAGACAUCGAUGCAAGGCUGCUACAGGCUGAGGAGAUUCUCAACAAGAAGUCAGGCUGGAAGGCAUUGACCGGAACCACCGACUUUGCUAAGAUCGGAACGGACAAUCCACCCACUGAGAUGCACAAGUUGGCAUUUGACAUCCUUCUCGACCGUAUUGUUGGAUUUAUUGGGAAUUACUUUGUCAAGCUGGGUGGAAAGAUAGAUGCCAUUGUCUUUGCAGGGGGUAUAGGCGAGCGAAGUGCGCUUCUGAGAAGUUGCAUAGCAGAAAAAUGCCGAUGUAUUGGAAUUGCUAUAGACAGCGAGGCGAAUUCCGCCGGUAUUCCCAGUGAGGAUCAAACCGUGGUAGACAUUUCUGAGAAACCUGGUCAGCGGCCUGCUGCUCUAAUUUGCCAGACGGAUGAAGCGUUUGAGAUGGCAUAUCGAUGCAUGAACAAGCCUCCCAGAGAGGAGCCAGCUCACUUCUAA